GCAGUACUAUAUAGGUGUUGCAGCCACCGGUCGGCGACGGUCUGAGAUCAGCAUCCUCCGCGAACGGAAUAUAAGCGCUGUCCAAACAGUAUACACCAUACCACAACAAUAAUAAUCUUGUUAUGAUGACAUAUAGCGGGUGCAACAGGCUGCAAAGCGCAGAGGCGAAAGGGACCCGCGACGGCCAUCUCCGCAGACGGCGGCGACGACGACGACGACGACGACCUCUCUCCGAGGUCGCGGAGUCUAUAUCGAUCGACGCAUGAGCGUGCCCCAGCAACGGGGUGGGCGGCGCGCGCUCGCAUCAUCGGUCCGGGUCGCCGCCGCUCACGAUUCCGUCGCACACACACACACACUAAGCCGCCGCGCGCGCCUACGCCGUCGUUAUAGCGACACGUUAGCGCGCAAAUAAGAGACUGUGACGUCGUGGCAUCGCGCGGGCGCACGGAGUGUCGUCGUUCGGUCGUACACGCGCGUGGCGCUGCAGCCGCGACGCGACGAUACACUCGACCAGUACGACAUACGUGUGCACGCGCGCUGUACGCACGAUUCGCCCGCACAGUACACUAGGCACACGCUGCAGCCGCCGCGAGGUAUAUCCGGUAGCCGAUGGGCUCGCUGCCCAACCUGCACGAGCUGUGCAGACAGCAACAGCAGCAACCGGUGUGCCCGCCCGCGGCCGUCCCGAGGCUGUCCCCGUGCCCGGACCGCGGCAGCGGCGGCGGCACCGGUCGCGCUCAGCACAGACGACUCCAGCAGACCAACAGCCUGUGCACCAACAACUUUUACGGUGUCAUCGCCGGCGACAUUCAGAUCGACGAGAAACCGUUUUCACCAACGUCGCUCAGGUCGACGCUGUCUACUACACACCGUCAGGUGAAUGCCGUCAACACGUCUUCGACAAGCGGCAAAAGACGCGACUCGAUGUCCAGCUCGGCUGGUGCCUCGUCAGUGCGACGACUCAUCGAAGUGGUCCGAACGACUCCGUCCAACAUGGGACCAGUGUACAGUCGGAGGCUGUUGUGCAGGAAUUAUGUCACGCUGUGCCUUGGACACGGCGCGGCUGCCGCCGCUUUGGUUCCGUUCAUGGCAUUACAGGGUUCCAUAUCAGCUUGGUGGUGGCCGGACAAUUUGAAACAGAAUGGCGGGUUUACCACCGUUACCACGGACAUUGGCUCUGUCUUGCUAUCCGCUAUGUUCGGCAUGGCAGCAAUGAGUGCGCUACUUGGGCCGACGGCCGUCAAUCGGUUAGGCACCAGGACAUGUCUGGUGGCCGGUUAUCUGGUGUCUGUCGCGUUCGUCACCGUACACUUGUAUCCGAAAGUGUCGGUACUGGCGCCCGGUUACUUCUUGAUGGGUGCCUGGCUGGGAUGCUGGACCGCGUCCAGGACCACAGUGCUCAUGGCACUCGCAUCUAAAAUGGCCUACGUAUUGUCCGACCGAGAAGAGUUCGAACUCGAAGGAAACGGUCGGCGGUCGGCGGUGGCCAGGAAUUUGGCUAGAGGACUCCAGGUGGCGCACGAUGUAGGAUUGAUCGCUGGAAACGCGUUUGUUGCGUAUAUGAUAAGUGGCACCCGAACGGAUGAUAUCCUCGGGACCAUGUUUGCCAGGGAUGAUGGACCUGGAACAGAUCGAACUUGCGGCAGUGUCGCCUGCCCGCUGGUAAAUACAGUGGAAAUCAAACUUGGAACUGCCGCUAAUUAUUCGUCCAACCAGACGGCCGCAUUGGUCGACGUCCGCAAUCACAUGGUCUUGCCGUGCAAAACCACACAGCUAUUGGCCAGUGUCUUCGCUGGAUGUUGUUUCGUCGGCGUGGCUGUCACCGCGACUUUCAUGACUCGCAUUAGACUAUUUGUGUACGCGUCAGCAUCUGAGAAACGAAAAUCGGAUAGCGCUCGAUCAUUUACAGCAGUCCUUGAUGCAUUCCGCAAUACCAAACUUCAGCUUAUAGCUCCGCUGUCGUUGUUCAUUGGACUCGAACAAGGAUUUAUCUAUUCCGAUUUUUCCAAGUUUUAUGUCGUGUGUUCUGUGGGUGUGUCCAAUGUGCCCACAGUUCUGCUGAGCUUGGGUCUGCUUCAACUAGUAGCCGGUUUUACCGUGAGUCUGAUCCUGCAACACAUCCGCCGGUACCAUAUAAUAGUGAUUGGGUUGGCGUUUCAUUCGUGUUUGCUAAUGGUGUUGAUGAAGUGGAAACCGUCCGGCGACGAUGCUGCGCUACUGUACGUCAUAGCAGCCGCCUGGGGCGUUUGCAAUGCCAUUUGGAACACACUGUGUUUCAAUUUCGUGAUAUCCCUGUAUCCGGACUACUGGCACGGGCCGAUGGCGCACGGCUACUUCUUCCGGUACCUGGGCAUGGCGCUGGCGUUCGGGAUGCACAGCAACGUGUGCAACACCACCAAACUGUAUUGCCUGUCGGCCGCACUGGUGGUGGCCGUAGUGCUGUACGGCUGGCUGGAGUGGCGACUGCAGCUGACCGGCAAACGGCGACGGACCGCUAACCGUUCGUCAUGACGGCAGAUCGGAGCCGCGUCCGGCAAAUAGCCCGCCGCCGCCGUCACCGACGCCGCGCAAGUCGUCGCCACGCCGUUGACCAGGACUCGUAUCCGAGAUCCAUAAAUGACCAAUGAUCGUUAGCCCCUGCCGCUAAUCCUGAGACGCCCGUCUCGUCCCUGCACCUGCAGCCACCACCACUGCCGCUGUUGCUGAUCAUCGUCGUCUGCAGCAACGCACCCAGUGUCGGAUUUAGCGGGGAUGCGGGAAGUGCAAUGCACUGUUGUAGCCUCGAGGCCGAAUUUGUUUUAGAGGCCUCGGGUUGAUGUCCUAGAUUUUCUGACUUUCCAAAGUGAUAAAUGAUUAAAAAUAUCGAAUAAUGGUCGAGAAAAAAAAAUAAUUUUCACGAAUCACCCUAACCCGUGUUUAUUUAAUAGACCCUAAUCGUGACCCGGAAGCACAUGAUCCAUAAGAUUCUUACCUAUGGUCGAAACUUUUCUUUUUUAAAUCCAUCUUAAUGCAUCAAAUGACUGUGAUCGUUAUUAUAUUUUUUUUUUUUUUUGAGGACCUCCAAUAUUGUUGCGCCUCGGCCUUCCGAGACUUAGAUCCGGCACUGACCACACCGAAAAUAUUAUAUUUUAUUAUUUGUGCAUCACGCUGCCGAACACAGUGACGUCUCGCCGAAUUAAAAUAUCAAAAUCACAAUAUUAUAAUAUUUACCUAUAAUUUGUAGCUGCAAACGGACAACUAAUUGUCUAUGCCGACCAUAAUGUAUUAUAAUAUACCUACGUUAUAUUUUUAUAUUAGCGUAUUUGUUGUUGUUGUAUUUAACGGGACGUGUAUGUAUAACAUAUUCGUUUUGAUAACAUAAUAAUGUUGCGUAUAAAUUAUAUACAGGGUGGUUUUUUUUCAUUUAUUUAACGUGCCACUCGUAAUUUUAUGUAUAUAAAAAAAAUCUACCUGAUUUGCAUUUAUUUACCAUAUGUACUGACUACCGGCUAACAUCAACAAUAACGGCAAACGUAAAAUUCGGCGAGAGAAUUUUUUCGGUUUUGUUAAACUAAAAUAUAUUGUUAUAACUUAUAAACGAUCAAAAAUGUGAUACAAUUUAUAUAAUGAUUUAUAAAAUAUGUAUAAAAUAUUAGGUAUUCUAAGAUGAUAAGUGGUAGUUUAAAAUAAAUCACACUGUGUCACAUAUACAUACCUAUCAUAAAAUAUAAAGAUAAGAUAUAAUAUUUUAUAUAUAGAUCACUGUUUCGAGUGAAUAAAAUUACGUCCAUUCUUAAAAAACUCGAUCACCUGAUAAAAAAUGUUUUUAAGAUCAUUAUGAGUUAUUAUAAAUAUGAUUUGUAGAAUCGGACAUUUCAUUGAUACGUCUUAUACUUCAUAAACAAAUGGGACUUUGAAAUGCCACUCAUUGAAUAGACACCAUUCCGCCCAUUAGACUUACGAAAACUCGUGCUAUAUUUCUAUAUAGCUAUAUAGCUAUAUAUUUCUAAAUUAUUAUCAUAAUAUUACCGUUAUGAUGUACCACCAUCACAUUAUGUGCGUGUGAAAUCCAAAUAUUCCCACCAAAAAUAUUUCUUUUUACAAAUCCUAGUAAAAAUGUAUACCUCCCAACAGCUAUAUAAAUAUAAUUAUUAUUUAUCGAUCCUAUAGAAUCAUGUUUUUCUUUAACUCAAUAUAAUGUAUUUGAUGUAAUUUAUUAAUUCCAUUAUAAUAUCUUAUUGAGUUGUAUUGAAUUUUUAAAUGUAUUUAAAUUUUAAAUAAAUAAUUAGUUUUGAUUCAUUACAAAAAUAAUAUAAUAAGUUUAAUUUGUGUUAGUUGUGGGAUUUUUUAAAUUCCCAAUUGCUCUAUUUUAAUAACCUGCAUAUCUUUAACAGUUUAAUACAACAUAUUAUUAUAAACACAUUUUUUUAUAUUAUUUUUAUGUUUUAGAUGUAAAAUAUGAAAAUAAUAAUUUUAAAUGUUUAUCAAUAAAUAAAAUAUUAUA